UGACGGUAUAAAAUCAGAGCCGCCGCGCCCGAGCCCUUUCUCUUCUCCUCUCCCUCCCUUCGUCUGCCGCCGCCGCCGCACCCUCGACAGAAUCCGCAAGGGCGUCGACUGAUCGGCGGCAACCAUGAGUAAGCUUUCAAGUGAUGCGGUCAAGGAGGCCAUUGCCCUGAUUGUUGGGGAGGCCAGGGAGAAGAAGCGCAAGUUCACUGAGACUGUUGAGCUUCAGAUCGGUCUCAAGAACUAUGACCCGCAAAAGGACAAGCGUUUCAGCGGCUCUGUGAAGCUGCCCCACAUCCCCCGCCCUAAGAUGAGGGUGUGCAUGCUUGGUGAUGCCUCGCAUGUCGACCAGGCUGAGAAAUUGGGCCUUGACUCCAUGGAUGUUGAAAGUCUCAAAAAGAUGAACAAGAACAAGAAGCUUGUUAAGAAGCUAGCCAAGAAGUACCAUGCUUUCUUAGCAUCUGAGGCCAUCAUCAAGCAGAUCCCCCGUCUCCUCGGUCCUGGUCUCAACAAGGCAGGCAAGUUCCCCACACUCGUUAGUCACUCUGAGUCUCUUGAGGCCAAGGUCAACGAGACAAAAGCUACAGUCAAGUUCCAGCUGAAGAAGGUUCUUUGCAUGGGUGUUGCUGUGGGUAACUUGUCGAUGGACGAGAAGCAGAUCCAACAGAACCUCCAAAUGAGCGUCAACUUCCUUGUGUCCCUUCUGAAGAAGAACUGGCAGAAUGUGAGGUGCCUGUACGUGAAGAGCACCAUGGGGAAGCGCCAGCGGGUGUUCUAAGUGGUCUCCAGUGAAGUUGAUAAGAUAGUGGGCUGUACUGUCGAGCUUGUCUUUGAAGUUAGAUCUGUUUCACUGAUACCAAUUUUGUGUUUAUCUUAAGCGAAUAUGAACCAACUAUUUAUCUGGUGGUACUCUUUUCGAACUUAUGGGAGAAAUAGAACUGCCUUUCUGUUCUGAUUUUGAAGCUUCA